AUGGUCAAACGAAAGAGAGUCGAGAUUGCGAACGCCACUCCUGCCAAGGGUGCAACGCCCGUAAAGAAGGCUAAGCCGACCAGCAAUAGCUCAGCUUCGAAACAAACAUCAUCAGGUCUCCCGGCGGAGGAGUUGACGAUCCAGAUUGUCGCAGGCUCCUAUGACCGGGUUCUUCAUGGCAUUACCGCUACGAUCAAGCCAGAGGGCACCGUUGAUUUCGCCGACACAUUCUUGUUCACCGCGCAUACCUCAGCGAUACGUGCCGUCGCCCUGUCUCCUUUCUCAGCUCCUGUCCCUGGACAGGGCCAGAAAGUGCUGUUGGCAUCUGGAAGCACCGAUGAGCGAAUCAACUUGUACAACUUGUCAGCGCAUCCCCCAAACAGGAAGAACCAGGAGCUUCUUUCAUCCGUCGCUCCCCGACCGAUCCUCGAAAACCCCAAAAACCGCGAGUUGGGAACAUUAUUGCACCACUCGUCAAGCAUCACCAAGCUGGUUUUCCCCUCGCGGUCUAAACUACUUUCUUCGAGUGAAGAUUCUACGAUCGCCGUUACGAGGACAAGAGACUGGUCUGUCCUGUCGACAAUUAAGGCACCGAUAGCCAAGCCCCAAGGCAGGCCUAGUGGUGAUACUGCCCCCUUUGGCGGGACACCGUCGGGUGUCAACGACUUUGCCAUCCACCCCAGUAUGAAGUUGAUGAUCAGUGUCAGCAAAGGCGAGCGGUGCAUGCGAUUGUGGAAUCUGGUCACUGGCAAGAAGGCGGGUGUUCUCAAUUUCAGCCGAGAGAUGCUGCAAGAAGCGGGAGAGGGGAAACAUUCAAGUGGCGAGGGCCGUAAGGUAGUUUGGGGCAAGACCGAAGACGAGGAUGAGUUUGCCGUUGGCUUCGACCGAGAUAUUGUGGUGUUUGGCAUGGACAGUGUUCCUAAGUGCCGUGUUAUGCCUGACACCCGAACCAAAAUCCACGAUUUCUCUUAUGUUGCUAUCGAGGGCGAGACGGAAGCCAGUAUGCUAGCGGUUUCAACAGAGGAUGGACGAGUCUUAUUCUUCUCUACAAAAACGGAUGACCUCAACAAGCCGGAGAAAGACAAGUCGCUGUCUACAGCCAAGUUGAUUGCUCAGCUUGGCGGGAAGGAAGCAGGGGUCUCCGGCCGUAUCAAGACCAUGGCCAUUCUGCAAGCUAACCAAGCUCUGUUUGUUAUCGGAGGCAGCAGCGAUGGAAAAGUGCGGUUAUGGAAGGUCGACACGAAGGAGUUGGGAACCAGCAACGGUAACAGCAAGGCAACAACAGGCGGCAAGCUACUGGGAACCUACGAUACACAAAACCGCAUCACCUGUUUGGCGGCAUUUGCAAUGAUACCCCGGCCGGAGGGAGUGGAGGAGAGCGAAGACGAGCUUGAAGAGGAUUCUGAAGGCGAUUCUGAGGAUGAAGAGGAAGAGUAA